GGGGAGGGGGUUGAUCGCAUUGUAACACACGGACCAAACCACACAUUUUAGGGGUGAAUAUGAAAAUGAUAAUCAUCAAUGUUUUAACAGAUGUUUAUUUACGAUAUAUUUCCAUACACAUAUUUAAAAAGUUCAUUGAUAUUUGACAUAUCACCCUUCAAAUAAAUAUUAGGGAAGCUGCUUCCACGCAUCGACUUGGUAAAUGCCGCUCACUCCCCAUUGCCUCGAGGUAAACAACGCAUUCAUGGUUUAACAACAUGGCGGUUCAGUGAGCUGUGCUGGAGACACGUUUAGACAUUAAUCUCUAAUUUGCAGUUUUUGCCAAAUACUUAGUGCUGCAUUUUCGGAAAAAAUAUAUAUUUUCAUACUGCUGAAAAAAUAGAUAACAGAUUUUCGGUUUCGAGUUGUCCGUUAACGUCAACAACAAAAUGAGCAACAUUUACAUUCAAGAGCCUCCAACAAACGGAAAGGUUCUGAUCAAGACCUCAGCUGGUGACAUCGAUAUUGAGCUGUGGUCCAAAGAGGCACCCAAGGCCGCCAGAAACUUUGUCCAGUUAUGCAUGGAAGGCUACUAUGAUGGAACACCAUUCCAUAGAGUGGUGCCAGAGUUCAUUGUCCAAGGAGGAGAUCCCACAGGAUCCGGGACGGGGGGAGAGUCCAUCUAUGGACGCCCAUUCAAGGAUGAGUUCCACUCCAGACUGCGUUUCAACAGACGUGGUCUGGUUGCCAUGGCCAACGCAGGGCCCCAUGACAACGGCAGCCAGUUCUUCUUCACCCUGGGUCGGGCAGAUGAGCUCAACAACAAACACACCAUCUUUGGAAAGGUGACGGGUGAUACAGUGUACAACAUGCUCAGGUUAUCCGAAGUGGAAUGUGAUCAGGAGGAAAGACCUUUAAAUCCACACAAGAUACGAACCACUGAGGUGUUACAUUCUCCCUUUGAUGACAUCAUUCCACGUGAAAGAAAAAAAUCCAAAAAGGAUGAAGACAAAAAAGAGGGAAAGAAAUCUCAGUCCAAAGCAACAAAGAACUUCAGUCUGUUGUCAUUUGGAGAGGAAGCUGAGGAGGAAGAGGAAAUGGUAACUCAAGUCAGCCAGACACUGAAGGGGAAAAGCAAAAGCAGUCAUGACCUGCUGAAGGAUGAUCCUCUGCUGAGCUCUGUCCCAGCGGUCAACAAGAAAAAAGCCAGAGGUGGGGCUGGAGAAGCAGCAGAGGGUGAGGAUGAUGAGGCUGCGGAGGGGGAUGCGAAUGGUGACGAAGAGGAGUAUGACUCUGACGAGAGGCAGGAAAUGAGGGAGAGGAUCUCUCAGAAGCUGAAAAAGAUGAAGGAGGAUGAGAAGAAGAGUACCGAUCCCAGCGAGGAGGACAGAGGAAAGAGGGCCAACCGCAGCGACGAGCUGCGUCAAGAGGCUCGCCAGUUGAAGAAGGACCUUCUGGCCAUCAAAAAGAGGAGGGAAGACAUCGCCAAUCCUCCAAAGAAGGAGGAGGAAGGCGAGGAAGAGAAGAAGCCAGGCAGCGAGGCGGUGGCGGAGUACCUGGAGGGCAAGAAGAAAUAUGAAGACAUGAGGAAACAGAAACUGAAGAAGGGAUCCAGCAGAGAAGCGCAGACAAUGGCGCUGCUGGACCGAUUCAAGUCCAAGCUGUCUUCAGCCAUCACUGAGACCUCCGAGGCCCCUGAGGAGGCCCCUGAGGAGCUGGCAGAGGACGACGACAAAGGAUGGAUGGCCCAUGUUCUCCAGUUUGACGAACAAACCAGGAAAGUCAAGGAUGCCAACAUGCAGGACGAAGACACGUUUGAGAUCUCCGAUCCACGAAACCCCGUCAACAAACGGCGGAGAGAGGAGAGCAAGAAGAUCAUGAAGGAGAAGAAGGCCAAGAGGUGAGGGGUUAGGGAUUAGGCAUGGAGAUUAACCCCAACCAUGUGACUGACCAGGCCUCUCCUCUCUUCCUCUCUAACCUACCACUUCAAAACAACUGUCUCUCCUGAGAGAACUUUGAACCUUGGAAUGCCAUGAACAUCCAAAACAAAGUUAUUUCUGAGAAGCUGUCGGAAUCCAUUCACAUCUGAACGAAGGGAACGGCUAACACAGGGCCAAUGUGACUUCAGCCCAUCAGGGUUAUCCCUCAAAUAACAAGGAAACGCACAUGACCUGACAGCUAUAGCUAAUCUAAAACUAUCCGUCAUCAGGACAUAGUGUCAUUUUGAACUGGAAUGUGAACCCACAUUUCCAAGAAUAGGUAAAUUUUCUGUCGUACAGUACUGUAUGUUGUGAUUGCGGGAGUAUUGGAAAGUAAAGGUGAAAAGGGGUUGAGAAAUGCCCAGGGAUCCAGGUAAAGUAGUAGUGGAUGAUGGAUGAUGGAUCCCAAAUCAUUGACGACAACAUGUCUGAUGACCAAUGUUGUGAACAUGUACGGAUAAUAAAUGUACCUUUUUUGUCAUAAGGCACACAUUCCUUUUGAUGUUUGCAGCUGUGUUUGUAUUCCUCUCUGAGCUUGCUGCGUUUUAAGAACUCCUCAACCAUUGGCUUGGGCAGGUGAGCGCAACAUGGAGGAUGCGCACUGGGAUUUUCACGUGUCCCAGUUGUUUACUGUCCGUGGAGGCGAGGAGAGGAACCCAACUCCAACUAUUUACAUUGGACUAUUUUUACUCGUUUAGCAGAUGUUCUAAUCCAGAGCGAUUUACAGUUAGCGGAUUCAUCUUAAAGGUAGCUAGUUCUAGUAAGCGACAGGAAUGUCCUUAGUAAAGCAGCGGUCAGCAAAGUCGGCUCUGGUAAGCAAAGGCAAGUGUGACUGUUCAUGCAAGAAGGGCAACUACCGAGAUGGAGAGGAAACCAGCACGCCACCGUAUGCUUUUGAGAUUUAAGGAGAGAAGAUUAUGAGAGGAAGUUACUUUAAACGACUGAGAGAGAUCCACCCAGAAUGUGUUAUGAAAACCUUGACUAUGGUGAGGAAUGAGCAGUAAGCCGAAAAGGGAGGAGAGACAAUGGAACACAGUAGCUGCUGCAGUAGUUUCCCCUUUACAUUGAUCUAAGGUCAGUUUAGCGUUGUUCCCCUAUAGUUAAUAUCAGUAUCUGGAGAGGGUAAGCUGAUCCUGUAUCUGUGCCCAAAGCCAACUUUUCCUCAUAUCUGAUAUAACAGCAGCUGAAUAGACAGAGCCAGCCAGUGUGACUUCACAUGACUGGAAUCAUAAAAACAGCUCUCCAGCAGAAGUUGUGAAAACUGGUAUUAAAGCUCGAUUAAG